AUGGGUUCUCUCGGCCAAGGUGCACCUUGGCAAGAAAGGGUAGCCGAAAAACGAGAAGCUUGUGCAAACAGAAUCCCCAAAGCCUGGAGAGUUCCGCAAAAUUUCCUGAGCAGUUUCCAGGCGCCUUUGUCAGACCACAAGACCGAUCUCAUUCAGGAACAAGCAGUUCGCAAGUCUGGAAUUCUAACCGACCGCGAACUAGAGAUUACUGAGCAAUAUGAUGUUGCUGGUCUACUCUCUGCUCUGGCAAGUGGGAAAUUGACCUCAGCAGAGGUGACAUUGGCAUACUGCAAGCGGGCUGCAGUUGCUCAGCAGUUGGUCUCCUGCCUUACAGAGACAAUGUUUGAGGAAGCCCAGGCCCGAGCCGAAUAUCUGGACAACCUCCGUGCUCAGGGCAAGUCGGCGGGUCCCCUUCACGGCCUUCCUGUUAGCAUUAAAGAUAACUUCCAGUACAAAGGAAGAGAAGCGACCAUUGGAAUGCUGGGAGCGGUAAUUUACGUCAAGACUAAUGUCCCACAAACAAUGAUGACUGCCGAGGCCGAUAACAACGUCUUUGGACGUACUCUGAAUCCUUGGAAUACCACCCUAGGACCGGGCGGCUCCAGUGGAGGCGAAGGAGCCCUCAUCGCCCUUCGAGGUUCACCACUGGGAGUCGGCACCGACAUUGGCGGCUCGGUCCGAAUUCCAGCAACCUGCUGUGGGACGUAUGGGUUCAGAACCAGCGCAGCAAGGGUUCCAAACGGAGGAAUGCGCGUGUGCACGACCAGUGGAAUGAAGUUUAUUCUGUCCUGCGCGGGGCCCCUGUCACUGGAUCCGAAUGGCAUUGAGACAUUUUUCAAGGCAAUUUUCAACGCCCGGCCUGCUCUUUACGACUCUACUGUCCUCGACAUCCCGUGGAGACAGGUAUCCACCAAGCCUACUCUCAGAAUCGGUGUCGUUCCCGAAAACCCUAAUUUCCCUCUGCAUCCCCCUGUUCGGCGAGUUCUAGCCGAGGCUGCUCGCCUUCUCAAGGCCCAGGGUCAUGAGAUUAUCCCCUUAUCUCAGAAAGAAUGCCAGCUCUUGGAAGCCAAUGAAAUCGCCUGGAACACUUUUAGUCUAGACCAAGGCGCCAUCCGCCACAUGCAGGCAGCUGGGGAACCCCCCGUGCCUUCAUUGGUUCAUCUUGGAAAAGUGAUUGAAGGGCUGAAGCUGCAGAAGCCUACUCUUCCGGAUAUGAGUGGCCUUGACAGCAUGGGCAAAUUGGCUUUACUGAACACGCGCAAAGCAGAGAUACGCGAAUCAUACAGAAAAAUGUGGCUUCAUCACGAUCUGGACAUUUGCCUUGCACCACCUGCUCAAUCAUCAGCAGUGGCGCAUGAUAACUUUGGAGUGGCACCUUACACUACCUUUUUAAACUUGCUGGACUAUCCAGCCUGUGUCAUUCCAUUCGGAAAAGUAGGCGAGCUUGACGCCAAAGAGACUUUUGAGCUGAAAGAGGGCCAGGUUGCACCGCCAUGGAAUUAUGAGCAGCUCAAGGGAGCACCAUGCUCAAUCCAGGUGUUCACCACCACCCUUCGGGACGAGGAAUGUUUGGAAAUGACCAAGCAAAUUGAUCGGUGCCUCAAAGGUAAAAUCUGA